UAAGCGUGUCAGUCUUCAAUAUUUAACCCUGGACAAGUCUCAGUAGAUGCAUUUACAAACAAAUAGUGGCUGAAACAAGGCCUGAUCAAUGCAAGUUGAUGUUUAACUGCUUGCUGAGCAAGUGCCAAUCUUUGACUCUCAGGAAUUCUGCCAUCCGCAGUCACUUAGUCGCUCCUUUUUUGGACAAGGCAGCAGGUUUUUUACUAAUUUAAACUGAAGGCAUACUUCCAGAUGAUCUGGGCUCCCUUAAAAGAGAGGGUGACUAAGUCGUACAGAGGUGUUUGAGAUCAGCAGACCAUACUUAUCAAACUAUAAACAAGUUUUGUUAUAAGGACAUGGACUUUCGUCUGACACUCCUGUUCAUCUGUCUCUGCUGCCAAGGAGUCACUAAUGCUGAGGUGGCAGACAAUGAGUCAAUCCCUUUGGUGCCUCUCAUUCCUCUGAUGCCCAGCCACCCCAUACAGAAAGCAGAAAACGAAAGUACACCAGAACCAGGAACGGCAUACACCACAGAAGCACCUGAAACUGUAACAGCCACAACUAAUAGGACCAACGGGGGCUCAUCAGAGGAGGAACAAGAUGAGGAUUGUCUGUCUAUUGGCCGAAGCCCACAGUCCAGAGAGGCCAUCGCCGCUGCCAUUCAGAAACUGGGAGUGCAGCUGCUGCAGAACCUGGAGACGUCGGCAGAGCAGCCAAAUGUCAUCAUAUCUCCCUUCAGCAUAUCAUUAGCACUCUCCCAAUUGGCUUUAGGUGCAGUAAAUGAGACACAGGAGCUGCUGAUGCAUCAUCUCCAUGAACACACUCUCCCCUGCUACCACCAGUCUCUGCAUAAUGUCUUAAAGCAGCUCAGGAACAGUGACCUGCAGAUUGCCACGCGUAUCUUCCUGCGCCAAGAGUUUCAGCCAAAGCAAGACUUUGUGGAUGAAUCUCAGCGGUUAUAUGACUCAGAGCCAGCGAUCUUGGAGAGCCUGCAGCAGAUAAACGACUGGGUGGACAACGCAACAAAUGGAGUGAUGACCGACUUCCUGUCUGCUCUGCCACCCAAUCUGCUCCUCAUGCUCAUCAACGCUGUCCAUUUCAAAGGAGAGUGGAAAGCUCGAUUCGACCCACGCUUCACCUCCAGAGGUGUGUUCUACCUUGACGACGAACACAUGGUUGAUGUGGAAGUGAUGGAAGAUGCCAAACAUCCCUUGAGUUUAUUUAUUGAUAAUGAACUGGAGGCUCAGGUAGCAAGAUUCCCAUUCCAGAAGCUCAUGAGCUUGUUGGUGGUCAUGCCUUUGUCCGGCCAGGUGAAUGUGUCUUCACUUUCUGCGAAGCUGAAUUUCUCAGACCUGUAUAAUCGUCUGCCCAAGGAGAGGGCCAUUCAAGUUAAAGUCCCCAAAUUCAAACUGGAGUAUGCUCAAGAGCUGCAGGAUGUUUUUACCAAAUUAGGCCUCGGAGAGAUGUUUUCCAGUCCGAACUUGGCUGAGAUUGCAGACGGCCCCCUGCUGGUGUCCAGCGUGCUGCACAAGUCCAGCAUGGAGAUAAAUGAGGAGGGUGCAGAGGCGGCUGCAGCCACCAGCGUGGUCAUCUCACGGGCAUCCAGCCCUGUUUUCCACCUGAUCCAACCCUUCUUCUUUGCCCUAAUGGAUGAUAUGACACAAGUGCCGAUCUUCAUGGGUGUCAUCAACAACCCAAAUCCUGGAGCUCCUGUGUUGCAGAGAGGAGACCAAGGAAGCAAAGAUAAAGUGGGAUUCCCAUUUGAUAAGAAUCAUGUUGGCACAUUUGGAGGCCCACCUAAGUAGGGACUGAUACUGUUAUCCCAGGGAAGACCAAGACCUCUGAUUGUACAGAUUAAAUGUACAAUAUCGCUUAGCUGGAUCAGAAUGUGUGUGCAAACUUCAUAUGCGUCUUUUUGUCAUUGUAGAAUAAACACACUGUGUAGCCAAGUAUCCCAUGUAAAAAAACCAACCAAAUAUUUCUUUGAAAAAAGUUUUGCUGCAUGAGAUGAUUGUCCUGGUCAAGUCAACUCUUGAAAUUAGAAGAUGACACCAGAAAUGGUUCAUAAAAUGCCUACAACAUUUAGAUUUCCUAGGUUUCAAAAUGUAAGGUCAUUGUCACACCAUGACUGCACUAUUUUGUAUGUAGUUUAAUUUUGAGAGAUGUCAUCUAAUAUCUAAUGAGGUAAUAAAUCUUAAUAAUUUGAAUCACAA